AUGUCGACUGAAAAAGUGAAUUCUCGUACUUUCACCGGAUGCUGGGCGUGUCGAUUCAAAAAAAGACGCUGCGACGAACGGAAGCCGCACUGUUCAUUGUGUUUGCUGCACGGCGACAAAUGCUGCUACGACGUGCGGCUGAUAUGGCAGAACGAGAACAUCUUUUCGGUGAAUCAGACCAACGAACUGGUAUCGUGGAAGAAACUCAAAAAACUGUGUAAAAAACCUGGCAAAAACCGCAUAUCGAAACAGGAGUUUUGUCGUAUGACCCAGUUUCGUGAGCUGUCACCACCAAACUCAGAGGACGAAUCUGCUGAAAACGACGAGAUAAACAGCAAAAUCUACGAUACGGAAUUUCAGGAGCUGGACAGGGCAAGAAGUAGCAGCAGCAGCAAUGAGAGCUGUGAAACUGACGAAAAACCAACCUCUUUCACCAUCAGCGUGCGAAGACUCAAACUCUACGAGAACGCUCUGGACUGUGUGCAUGGCAAGACCUACAAGGAAUACGGCCAGAAACAUGUCAAUAAACAGCUGUCGGAGUUGCUCACCACGCUCGAAGAAAAAAGCCGAAAAUGCGGGUGCAGCGACUGUGGACCCUUCCACGUUUUCAAAGCAUCGGCUCCUCCUACACGCGAAUUUCCGAAACCCGCAAAACUUGCAUCCACACCGCUUCACAGUCAGAAGUCCGACUCGGGAUGCAGUAUCUCGUCAAGUUUGCCCAAUACCCCUCUAUCACAAAGCUCGUCUACGCGUACGUCAAUUUCAGAAGGCACCAGCAAGUUUCUGGCAAAUCACUGGCCGCUGAUGUUACAGAACAACCACUCAAACUUCUGUUUACAGCAACCCGCAUAUGUGGAUUGGUUAACAGGGCGCGUUGAAAAUGUGAUCCAUUCUAUAAAUCCUGAACUUUUGGAAGAAUUGAUGCACCAAAAGCUAAACGCCUCUAAAUGGCUUCCCGUGGUUCCACAGUUUUCUAUGGAGUGCCAGACAAUGUAUCUGCUCUUGAUCGUCUUGGCUGAUAUUUCCAACAACUACGUGGACUACAUAUCGCGCUGGAUUUUAGCUCAGACAAGCAUCCCGUACUUGUCCUUUCCGUUAGUGACGUACGCCUUGAGCCACAACACCAGCAUCACGUUCCUCAUUCACUGUCACGAACUUUUGUCCGAGGCUGGCCUACAGGACCUUUUCCAGUACGAUCUAACGUCCAUGUUGAAGAUCAAUACGGUCCGGCUGAUAUUGCAGCACUGGAAUAACGUAAUGAUGGACCAGAUCUGCGAGUGUAGGGACACGACACACGCAGAAAUGCAAUUGAAAUUCUGGGAAUUGCAAUUGCAAUGUAAUGAAGAGUUUUAUAGAGACAUAUGUUUGGUUUGA